GCCGUCCUCGUCGUGGUGAGGCGCGGAGGCCGGCGUUGGGCCGGAGUGCUGUAAGGCAAGCGCCGGCGAUGGCGGGAGGCGCCCGGCGGAGCGUGGUCGGGGGCAGGCGGGCGAGGGAGGCGGCGACGGGGCCGAGAGGGCGCUAGAGUGCCCUCGCCCCGUCUCCCGGCCCGGCAUGGCCGGCCUCAUCAAGAAGCAGAUCCUGAAGCACCUGUCCAGGUUUACAAAAAAUCUCUCCCCGGAUAAAAUCAAUUUAAGUACACUCAAAGGGCAGGGGCAACUGACUAACCUUGAACUGGAUGAAGAAGUUCUGCAGAAUGUCUUGGAUCUGCCCACCUGGUUAGCCAUUACUCGGGUAUUUUGUAACAAGGCUUCCAUCAGGAUCCAGUGGACAAAGUUGAAGACUCACCCAAUCUGUCUGUAUUUGGAUAAAGUCGAAGUGGAGAUGCGAACAUGUGAGGAACCCCGGUCACCAAAUGGACAGUCACCCAUUGCACUUGCUUCAGGCCAAAGUGAAUAUGGCUUUGCUGAAAAGGUAGUGGAAGGCAUGUUUAUUGUUGUCAAUUCCAUCACCAUCAAGAUCCACUCCAAGGCUUUCCAUGCUUCUUUUGAAUUGUGGCAGCUUCAAGGAUACAGUGUCAACCCCAAUUGGCAGCAGAGUGAUCUGCGCUUUACCCGUAUCACUGAUUCACACAGAGGAGAGGUUCUAACAUUUAAAGAACUCACUUGGCAGACUCUCCGAAUAGAGGCUGAUGCUACAGAAAAUGGAGAUCAAGAUCCCAUCACUACUCCCCUGAGACUUAUUACAAAUCAAGGCAGAAUCCAGAUAUCUCUUAAGAGAAAGACAAAGGAUUGCAAUGUGGUGGCCUCUAAGCUCAUGUUCCUCCUUGAUGACUUAUUGUGGGUGCUGACUGACUCUCAGUUGAAGGCAAUGAUGAAGUAUGCUGAGUCCUUGAGUGAAGCCAUGAAGAAAUCAGCCCAGCAGAGGAAAAGCAUGGCUCCUGAACCUGUCCAAAUUACACCUCCUGCUCCCAGUGCUCAACAAUCCUGGCCUCAGUCAUUUGGGAGUAGCCAUAAAGCAAUCAGCCAGUAUUUUGAAAAACAUGAUAUGAAAGAGUCUUCCUAUCACCUUCUCAUCUCCCGUCUGGAUCUUCACAUCUGUGACGAUAGUCACACUCGAGAAACAGGUGCUUCUAAACAUGGAAUAACAGGAGGUGCAAUGCAAUUAACUUUUAAGAGAAUGGCAUUUGACUAUUAUCCGUUCCAUUGGGCAGGAGACAGCUGCAAACACUGGGUACGCUAUUGUAAUGCCAUGGAAUCCCGGGAGAAGUGGGCAAAAAAGCUGGUGGAGGAAUUCCAGAACAAGAUGGAGAAAUAUGGUGAAGAAAUAAGCUUUUCCUCAUCGAAAACUUCCUCAAGGGAAUCUCCUUUCAAAAUGAAAACAGAUACUCCAUCUAGUUCUCAAAAAAGUUCUCCAGAGAAAGGGAUUCCCAUGGCCAAUAAACCACCUCCUUUCCUGUUUGGACUCCAACGCCCUGCAUGGAAAAGACUUCGAUCCAGCUGUCUAGUUCUACGAGUAGAUGAUCUGGAUAUUCAUCAGGUCUCCACUGCUGGACAGCAUAGUAAGAAGCCUUCAACACUGCUUUCAUGUAGGAGGAAAUCCCUGAAUCUUCCUGAUGAAACCUCAGCCAUUCAUAUAGAGUUUACCGAGUAUUACCUCCCAGACAAUCCAGAUUUUCCAGUCCCGUGCCCAAACCUAUACUUGCAGCUGCAUGGCUUGAUUUUCACCCUGGACACAGGGAGCAUGCUUUGGGUGAACUUGUUCUGCCUUGAUCUCUAUCGCAGCCUACAGCAUUUUAAAGCUAUAUACAAUCUGGAGAACUCUGGCAAGCAGGACGAACAUAUUGAUGUCAGAAUGGAUGGCUUCAUGCUAAAGCUAAACAUCCCUGUAGAGAAGAAAGUAAUGGACCAUCAAGACCGCCCCCAUUGUCUGUCUAUUCGCACAUCAGAAAUGACAGCUACCAACACUAGGCAUGCCCCUCACUGCAGCUGUUUGGCCCUCCAGAAUCUGUUCCGUAGAUUUGCUGCUUCAGAAUUCUUCCACUCGAGCUAUACCCAGUUUCCUAAAUUUCAGGAUAAUUUCAGCCUUCUUCACACCCUCUUCUUACGUCAUGCGUACCAAGUGGACUCCAAAGCCCAGAAACACACAGACUUUGGCCAUUCCUCUGUCAGGUCCUCAGCUUCUGAAGACCUUUGGUCUGUUAAUUUCACUGAGAUCUCCUUGGACUUUGAGGGGGCCAAAAGCUCAAAAGGCAAAGUCCUUCACUUUAUCUACCCAUUCCCCCUCUGUGUGUGGGCCUGCCUCCCAAAGAGAUGGGAGGAAGUCCAGUCAUCUAUGCUGCAGUUCUCUUCUGCCUCACAAGUCAAAGUAAAGACUUCUGCUAGCUUUAGUAACCAUGGCAAACAUCAAGUCAUUUCCAGAGAGGAGCAGUUCUGCCAAAGAUCAAAGACUGAGCAGGAUCUGAAAAGCAUCUACCUCACCCUAGAGGCAAAGGAUGUCUUAGACAAAAGCAGUUGUAAUGUGAAUGGCAAAGGAAAUGAUGAAGAUGUGGAAGUAUCUGCUGAUGUCCAUGUCCUUCUGUACUCAAGUGCACAUGUGAAGGUGAGACUCAAUCAUUACCAAUAUUUGAUGCUACUUAGGAUGAAGGAAGUCCUGCAGACGUUUCAAGAACAAUUGACCCAAGACACUCAGGAAAUAAUUGGGUCCACUCUAGAUUCUAUGACCACUUGCAUGGGCUUCCUGUUCAACAGCACUGAGGUGGCCUUGCUAAUGCAUCCUACUCCAGUCUCUACAUUGGAACCUAGAUCUAUGGACUCAGACACCACAAGUCUAAUAGAAUCAGAACUCUCCCCUUCAGACAGCAGGGAGGGGCUGGCUACUGAAGUCAGAGAGAUGAAAUCAGAUGCUUCCUCAGAUAAAGAAGACGGCAGCCCCAUAAAACUACUAGACGACAGUGGAAUUGGGCACACAGAUACCAGUAUAAACACUUUGCAGGAUGGCAUACUAAAAUUGCAGAGUGAUGGGUCCCUGGUGGGAGAAGAGUUUCACAGACAAAGAACUGGAGAAAGAAGUUCUAUAGAAGAAGCACAUGAAGCAGAAGAAAUUCUUGAUACUGAAAGACAAAGUGAAACUACAGGCCUUUCUCAAAAUCCUCAAAUUCUUCCUUCCAGCCCAACUUCCAUUGUAGAUCCCCUUGGUGGCAUUCAGGUAUCUCCCAAUGGUCAAGAAGAGGCGAUCCCUUUGAAAAAUAUGGAAAUGGAGUUAUCUAGUGCAUUGCAUAUAACAAAGGAUGCAACCAAGGAGGCUUUGCAUGUGACCAUGGACCUCACCAAAGAAGCUAUGUCUAUAACAAAAGAUGCUUUCAGCUUGAGUAAGGAAAAGAUGGCUUCCACUGUACAGAAAAUGCUGUUCCAUCCCCAAACCAAGGAGCCUGCAUUAAAAGGUGAAGAAGGUGCAUCGACUCCAAUUGGAGGGAGUAGUGGACGAAUGCGCAUAUUCCCUAUGAAGAGGACUGUCUCCCAGCAUUCCUUUGAUACCAGUUCACUAGAUGGCAGUGGUCCUGAAGACAGGCUAUCAGUAGACAGUGAUGGCAGUGAUGGGUUUGUGAUGCUUGCAGAGUCUGAGCCUAGCCUGGAACCUUUUACAACAGGACAUCUUCCACAUGCUCUUGGCAACACAGAUAUCCAGAGAAGAUCAAUACCAAAUGAGGAAGGAGAAUCCACCUAUAUCAACAGCUCAGCUUCUCAGAGUGGGCAAGACUCCAGCCCCCAGCUGGUAUCAAUUUUGUUAUUGAAGAUGAAUGAAGUAAACGGUGUGAUCGAAAUAAAAGGAGAGGAUAUGGCACUUGCCCUUCAGGUUAUGCAACUAAACCCUGAACACUUAGGAAAUCUAAAUAUGUGGCACUUUCUGCAAGAUGAUUCAACAGGAGACCCGAAUUCAGAGAGCCCUGCAAACACUGAAACAAGCAAGUCCCAGCCUGAUGUAUGUUUAAGAUUUGAAAUAGGACCAAGUGCUGCAGUGCACUCACCUCUGUCUGUCCAAAAUGGAUUUUUACACAUGUUGGUCCACAGUUAUCAUACAGAGCUGCUGACUUCCUCUCUGUCUAGCCUUGGACCCUUUCUUGAGGAUGAAAUUAUCCCUGAGGUUAUCCCUAUGAAAAUUGAACUUGUGGAUACCAAGAUUAUCCUGAAGGAUGACAGUCCUCGUGUGUAUCCUACUUCUCCUGGUCCUAUCCCUAUAAUUGUGGCAAUGGAUCACAUUGUUGUCUGUUGUAAUGAAGAUGGAGUGUUCAGUAUAACAGCUGCACAGGGAGAGACAGGUUCUGGGCAAAAAAGGCUUCAGGAAGACCUUAAGAAACAGAAGAUCCCAGUAGAAAGAACCUCAGCAGAAGCAAGUGAUCAGCUACAGCUGAAGGAAGUGCCAACAUUGGAAAAAGAACUCCAGCUCACUCAAAAAGCCCUUGAGGAAGCCAAUCUGGACAAAAUACGGCUACUACAGGAAGUUAGGAAAUAUGAUCCUCUCUUCCAACUUUGACAACAGAGGCCUGGGCUUCAAUUGCUCAGGGCAAACCGAGAUCACUACCAACAUCAAAAUGUCUGCAAAGCCAUUCACUAGGUCAUCUUCAGUCCAGAGCUAUUGCCUCGAGGAGCAGAAAUGGGGUGCCAUUAGAGAAGAUGGAAAGGGUCAGCAGGUGAACAUGUGGGAAAACAAUUAUCAGCCAUGUUGGGGUUUCAAAACUGUACUCCAUCCAGAGCAUAGUAAAACUGAAUCUAAAAGCUACUGAGCCAAACAGAAAGAUGUUUUAUCCCACCUAAGUUCUUUGUAAGUGGUGCUGACAAGCUGCUUAAUGUUCCCUCUGUAACCUGUCAUUCCUAGUACAGGUGGCAGAUAGCACUGGAGUCAUAUUUUCCAUAUAUCAAUGUAGUAUGGUCAGUCUAUCAAGCCUAGGACUUUGUUAGGCAUUGAAAAUAAAUGUCUUGGAAUUUCAGUGCAAUAGCAUAAGUCUAAGACAUAUAAUAAUGGGGAUGAGAAGCAGUCCUGGAAAAGAAAAAAAUUCCUAGGAAUAGAAAACAUGAAAUCUUUCAUCAGUCUCUGGGUCAGGUGGCCACCAUUACUCAUUAAACUGCUUUUUCUACUUCCUUUUCCAAUAAAUCUUUGCUUAAUGGAGUGUUGGGAGCCACCAGAAAAUCAAAUUCUUCGUCUUUUCACAGCACUGCCCCCCUUAUCCGCCAUUGCCUGGUUGUAUUACCACAACUCGUUCUGAGUAAUUUCGUGAGCAACUGCCUGUUUGACAAAUGUCCUAUUCUUGUCAGUUAAAAUCUGUUGAAACCCAUUUUUCUCCUUUGUGUUAUACUACCCUUGAAACCUUGGACAGCACAGAGGAAAUGAGCUCAGCCAGUUCCCUCUAGGUCAUGAACAAUACAUCAAAGUCAAUUUGGUAAACAGUGAACUGGAAAUUGUAUCGUGCAACAUUUUAUAGCCAGAUUAAUGCUGAUAUUGGUUGUCAUAGUGUGUGGUUGUAAAGCUGAUGAAUAUUCAGCCUUUUUUCUUGUAUUUCACUUGUGUAUUCUAUGUGGGUAUUUGCGGGGAAAUGAAAGUGGUUCUACACUUGAGUACACAGAGCCAAAAUUAGAUUUUCUUGGGUGUAAAGAGAAUUAUGUGUCCAAAAUAAUUUAGAGAAAGUUUCAUUCACAUUAUCAGGUGCAGCAAAAGUGAGGUGUGAUUUAAAAAAUCUACCUGAAAGGAAGUUUGAAAAGCAAAACCAAAAGAAACCCCAUUUAAACUAUCCAGGAAAUCUUUAAAUAUAGCCCUUAAAUUAAUGGAAAAUUUGCACCUCUCCAGUUAAUAAAUGCUAUUUCGGGAAUAUGAAUAUAAAGAGACCCCCAAUCCACUUGUGACCAAUAGACCUUUCUAAUCAUAUGUGAAUUAGCUUGUUAUAAAUUAUAGAAAUUAGAUCAAUUAUCAAGCUACAUGGCAACAACUAUAUAUUGAAUUCUGUCUGUUGCAGAAUGUAAAGGCAUUUUGAUAAUAUCAGCUCCAAACUGAAAACUCAGGGAAUUAACAAAUCAUUGAAUUUGUUAACUCACAUCCCUCCUUUUCCUCUGCCAGCCUUUUUAUUCCACUUUUGUUUUUGUUCAUAUAGUUGGUAUUUUAUUAAUACUAGUUUAAUUUUAAAAAAAACGAGUUGCGGGUACUGGAUUAAAAAAUGAAUUGGAAUCCGUAAUUGGAAUCAACUAGGGCCCCCUUCUCCAUUCCUGGUGUUACUAGAAAUCCCACUGGCAUGAGGCAUGAUCAAUAGUGGUCAGGAGUUGUGAGAUAUGAAAUAACAUAGAGAACAUAUUUUGAAGUAAAGUUAUAUUACAUAAAUAAACAUAGAUUUCUUUUACAUGGAUCAAAUUCGUAUUGUACUCAUGUAGCAAUGAGAAGACCAUAGCAAUUUUUUCCAAACCAAAUACCCCCAAAGUGCAAAUUCAAACAGUUGUUUUGUCUUUGUGAAAUCAUUUAGGGGUGAUAUAUAGCUGUCUGUGAUGAAUUUCAGAUACCCUUUUGUUUUUCUUUCAUCACGUUUAUAAUUUUUAAGCCAUAAUUAUGGAGCUGCUUUUGUUUUUACCAAAUUCUUAAAAGAAAAAUGAAUUUUAAAAUUGGAGUGCUCAUUAUCAUUCUCAGUUAAAGUACACAUAUUUAGGACUAUUAAGUUGCAGUGGAUCUGGUCUGGAAGAUAAAGGGAACUAAAGGCCAGUAAUAAAUGCAGAAACUAUUUCUACCAGCGGAAGUUGAAGAGGAUUGAAUCAUCCCCAUGCACCCGAAAACUUGUUUUGAAGGCCCUCUCAAAUAUUUUUUGAUGUGUUGGGGAGCUGCAGGACAGUGGAAUUGGAAACGGAUGGCUCUAUGAGCAUUGCAUUUGAUUUCUGCCAUUGUCUGUGGGGGGUGGGGGUAGUCAACAUUUUUACAUAUUGUUAUAAGCAUAGCACAUUCAAAGCAACAGUAGCUGUACUGCUCCUAAGAAUAAUGCCAAAAAAUGUUAGCAAUACCUACAGAAGAUCACAAAAUUGUGUGCAAGCUUUUGAGUUUAACAGAACACUUCCUCUAAGCAAGAAAGGGAAAGAAAGGCAAGCAAAAUGCGGAAAGUAAAAUGCUAUUUAGUUUUGAAAUCAUGUAUUUGAUAUUAAUUCAGUGUCAAGAUGCAAUAUGAAAGAGAUGCCAGACCUUCAUGACUUUUUAAAACAAUAUAACAAAUUUCUCUUUCGAAUAGAGUAUCAAGUUGUUGUGAAAUAUUUCAGAAUUAGAGAGGAAAUCAGUAUGUUGUUCAUAACAAAAUGGAAUAGGCUUUAACCGAAUAAGCAUGUAUUUUUGCUUUAAAUUACUCAAGUUCUUUCAUUAUUAGUAAAAUGCCAGUCUGUUAUUUAAUCUUUUACUAGUACUUGUUAAAACUAUUUGUAGCUGAAAGCAGUUAAAACUGCAGAAUGCCUUUGGGGUAGAAACAGUCUCUUGACAUCUGCUUAUCUGCCUUGAUCUGACUUCUUUGGAGCAGACACUCUGUGACCUUCACUAUGUGAAUCAGAGAUAGCAGUGUAAAAACUUUUUUUUUUAUUCUUAAAGGGGGAAGGAUCUGUCUUUAGAUGCCUCACAUAACUUGCUGGCCCUUGAGGCAACUAUAGGGCUGUUGUACUCCAGGAAGCUUUGCAGCUGUGUGGUGCUACUGUCACUUUCAUUAAUUCAGCUGUGGUGAUUCCUGCAUAUCAGACUGCAUGUGCUGUAGCUUCUGGUGUUCCUUUUCUGUGCAGUGAACUGUUCUUGCUUUUGCCUUUUCCCUAAGGCAUCUGUUUUGCAGCAUCCCACUCAAACCUAGGCCAUGCACUGGAACAAAUAAGAUGCCCUUUCUUCAUAUUUGAAAAUGCCCCAAUGGGGUAAUCCUCCUUUAAUGCAACAGAAAAAAACUUUAUCAAAAGAGUAGCGUGAUUUACAGAUAGCUCUUAUGUGUGUGUGUGUGUGUGUGUGUGUGUGUGUGUGUGUGUAUGUGUAUAUAUAUAUAUGUGUGUGUGUGUGUGUGUAUAUAUAUACACACACACACACACACAGCCUUACCUACUCAAGAGAACUGGUGGCUUGGAAGUUUAGAAGCUUUCAUAUAUGGGACAGAUAGUGCUGUUACUGUAUUGACAUGGUACUAAUUGAGUUAAUACAUCUUAAAUGAAUGUCUAUGGACAAUGAGUAAGAUAACAAUAGUUAAAUAUGCUGUGCAAAGGAAGAGCUGUUUCAUAUAGUCCAUUGGUUUUACUGAUGGAGAGUUUUAUUAAGAACAGGAGCAAGAUACUUGCUCUGAUGUUAAAUGGGCUUCCUGUAUUUUCAGAUGAUGCAGAAGGUAAGGAAAAUUCUGUUGUGCUAGCAAAAGCAUGUUACUGCAUUGUUGUAUCCUGCACUUUCAGCCCUUGAUCAAACUGUUCAAAUGAGUGUCUGUCUGAAGAAGUCUGUUACAUGCCUAUUUCUCUUUAAUGCAUAAGAGUGAGGCAAGAUGGUUUUGGUCAAUUACAUGAUUAGACCUGAUACGGGCUGUCAUUGCUCUCUAUUCACUUGAAUGCUAAGAAUAUGAUUUCUCUACUUUUAACUCAAAUUGGAGCAUGUUGCAGAUAUGGAAAUACAUGUGCAAGAAGAAUACCCAGAGUGAGUAGUUAAGUGCACAUGAUGCAAGGUUUGCACUUUUGUUCUGCUGAACAUUUCUAGCAACUUCCAAUGCUAUGAAUCUUGGCUUAAAGCAGAAUGUAGUGAAGAGAAACUGGUAAGCAAAGGGUAUUGCAUAGCUUGGUUGGAUGUAAUUGCAGAUAGGAUAACAAGACCCUGCUUAUCAGGCUGUAGUGGUGUGAAUAACCCAGAUGUUUCCCCUCUGCUGAUAGCUAUGAUUCCUUCAAGUGUACAAAUGGAGUAAGGAGGAAAUCCACUGGAGCCGAUAUGGAUAUGUUUGGCUACAAAACUAUAUUAGUGCGGUUUAGUUCCUAAAGGCACCCUCAUUUCUGUACUAUAUUUACAUGUGAAAAGAAAUCAACAGGAAAACUACUUGUAAAACACAUAACUGACGAGGCAUUCUUAUUUAUUAUUAUGCUUUCCUAAUUUCAUUGGUAGCUUUGGUCAAGAAUGCUAUGAGCACAGGCAGAGUACUGGGUAAAAGACAUGACUUGAAUCUAAGCCUUCAACAGUAUUAGGUUUUAUUUACCAUAGUGUAUCUUUUCCUGCUGAUUUUAUUGGUUCUGUGAACCACUUUUAAAGGUUGUAAAUUAAACUGAUUGACCUCUG